ACGGGACCUAAAGGUGUGAUCAAAGACUGGCAAAGAUAUAAACAGUUCGAGUCGGAGAAGAGGGAGUCGGACGAGAGGGAGAAGUUAGAGCUCAUGAAGAAGUUGUCGAUCACUUGUCGCUCGCAUCUGGAGGAAGAGUUGGCCAAAAAGGCGGCGAACCAGAGCUCCGGCGGCGACAAUGAGGACGAGUUCGGCGACGACAUGAACGACCCCUUCCUCAAGGAGUAUAUGAUUAAACGGAUGAAGGAAAUGAUGGAACAGAUCGACAGCGACGGUAAGGAGCGGCCGGUGUUCGGGAAGCUACUGGUGCUCAACUCGGGCGCAGAGUUCUUGGAGGCCAUCGACAAGGAGAUGAAGUUCGUGACCAUUAUCUGCCAUAUAUUCACGAAUAACAUCCAGGAGUGCAUUGAUAUGAACGGAUGUCUCGACUGUUUGGCCAAACAGUACGCGAACGUUAAGUUCUGCGCCAUCGAGGCGUCCAUCGCAGGGAUGAGCAAACAUUUUUCCAAGAGUGGAGUUCCAGCACUUCUAGUCUAUAAGGCGGGCAACCUAUUGGCCAACUUUGUCCGAUUGGGCGACGAGUUCAGUGACCGCUUCUUCGCGGUAGACGUCGAGAGAUUUCUUGUCGAGUCAGUCGCUGUUGUUUUGCUAAUACAUGGAGUACUGAAUGAGAGCCUAAUACCCAACAUCAUAACCACCCGAACCUCUCGGAUCAGAGAGGGGGCCAUCGAUAAUGAAGACGACGACAGUGAUUAACGUCAGCCACGCCUCCCAUUCCACGUUUAGAUCAAUUUAAUUGAACACUAUUUGCAACAAACAUACGAUACUUAUUGACCAAACAAAUGGAGAUUUUGUUUUAUUGUCUGAAAACGUGUUUAGUUUCGAUUUGAUUGCAGUUUUAGGGAUUAAAAAUGUGUUUAGUUUAUGGCAGUAAUAAUGAUUGGUUUUUAAAUAUCGAUUUCUGUAUGUCGUUCCCGUAAUUACGGUAUUGAAUUCAUUUUUGAAUCGAUAGGAGCCGUACAUUAGAGUCAGAACGUCGUGAACCAAUAAACAGGGUCUCUAUGUCUGUGCCAUCACUUGUGAUUUCAAACACCUAUUGAACAAUACUUUCAUUAUUCCCGACAAACAAACAUGACUUAAGAAUAACUCAUAAUUUCAUUAUUUAUUAUUAAAUAUCUCUUUACGUGUCAAUCAUUUAUUUACAAUACGUUUUUAUAUACAGAC